AUGCGUCAACUGGAUGCCCACUUCUACACCCGUGCAAGGAAGGGCCAGCUGGUGAACUAUGAUGAGCCCCCAAAGAUGAGUUGGGUGCACAACGGGCGCUGCGCGAAGAAUUCUCGAUCUAUCAAGAUGGAGCCUGUUACCAAAUACGCUGCCUGUGCUAGCGCUGUGAAAGCCAAAGGCAUAGCUGGGAAGCUGAGGAAGAGGACCAGCGAAAACCCUCCAAGCGGCUGCAGCAUCAAGAAUGGACGUGGCUACCUGAAUCAGAUGGAGACAGAUGUAGAAGCCGACGUGUCUUAUGAGUUUGAAAACCCUGACAAGCCGUGGGCACGGACCCACAAAACCGAGAUCAUGCAGUACUGCCAGAUUGACCAUUCCUUGAACGAGGCUGCGGCGUCUUACUAUUCGCCCUACAAGCUGAAGCAAAGCAUGCAAGGCAAACCCCAGGCAUCCGCAAGCUGUUCCGUCGGCAUGAUGGCAAACUUGUCCAGGCUGGAGCUCACGGACAGUCCCUGUGCAGGCAUCUUGGCAUUCCGCCCUAGGCUCACCUUAUCCUACAGUCAAGCUGCAGAUGCCCUGAGGGCAGCAGACAAGAUGCAAGAACAUGGCAAACAAGAGGAAGCUGAUGCGAUUCGGACCGAGGUGGAAUGA